CGUAUCUUUUCCAUUUGGCGUUAUUGACAGUAGAAGUAACCCGUUUGCACCAUAGAAGAAGAGGCGGGGGCCCUACUGUGGUAUUUAAUCAAGGUGUUGGACAUCCAUCGUUUUGUAAAAUGCUCUUACCGAUAACCGCCGAAUGUAAAUACUGUCUGGCACGACAGUAGUGAACGGAGAUGCCUGAAGACGAGUCCUUUAUUUGAACGGUGCAGCUCAUCGUGUCAAAGCAGCAAAUUUGGAUUCAGUCACUUAAGGAACAAGUGAAACCACAUACACCAUGGUGGACAAUCGCUACGCCACAGCCUUGGUCAUCGGCUCGGUGUUGAGUCUGCUGGCCACCGUCUACCUCUCCGUGGCUGUGGGGACCCCCCACUGGUACCAGUACGACAGCCCGCCGGCCAAGCAGAGCAACAACGUCUCCGAGAUCAGAGAGGAGUUUGCCAACAAGGAGCUGGAUGAGAAAAGCUACAUCGAAACCAUGUUCCGACACCGCGGGACCCUCGGGCUGUGGUGGCGGUGCAUCGUGAUACCAGGCCAGUCGCACUGGUUCAAAGAGCCAGAUCCUAAGAUGGAGACACAUUGUGUGAGCUUCACUCUCCCGCAGCAGUUUGCCACGAAAUAUAAGCAACCUGGAAACCACAACAGAGAAGAGGACCUGCUACGAACGUACUUGUGGCAGUGUCAGUUCCUGCUGCCGCUGGUGUCCCUGGCUCUGGUGUUCCUCAGUGGUCUGGUUGGAGUCUGUGCUUGCCUGUGCCGCAGCUUCACCCCCACUCUGGCUGUGGGAGUGUUGCACCUUCUGGCAGGUCUGUGCACUCUGGGCACUGUCUGCUGCUUCCUGGCCGGUGUGGACCUGCUUCACCAGGACCUGGUGCCGCCAGAGGGGCUGGAGUUCCCACUGGGCUGGUCACUCUACCUCGCCCUCAUCUCCUUCCCCUUGCAGAUGAUGGCCGCCGCCUUGUUUCUGUGGGCGGCCAGAAGCCACAGCAAGAGCUACACUCGCAUAACAGCAUACAGAGUCGCUUAACCACAAACACUGUGCGUUCAGAAGAGCAGAAUCACAUUCUCACUACGGAGGAUUGCAAUAACAUACUUUAUAUUGUAGCAUUAUUCUCACAACUCGGAGGGAAGGGUCUAAAUGUCUAAUCGGUUGCAGUAAGAGUCGGCCUUUUUAUUUGUUGCCUUUUAUUCAUCACCUGCCUUUUGCUUUUUUAUUGCACUUUCCUCUUGGUUGAUUAAGUUUCACCAAAUCAUUUUUAGCAGUGUGAGUCAUAGUGAGUCCCUGCAUAGACACUUAUGCAGCUUUGUCUUGCAUGCCUUUAAAACGUGGUAUCUUCUGUCCCUGUGUACAUUUUGAGAUGCGUGGCCACUUUCUCCUCCUCUAUAGGUCGUGUUUGGUUCUUAAAAAAGCAAUCAAUUUGAUGCCACUCAUGCAAAACUGUGAUGAGUUUUUAGGUCGACUGCUGCCGCUGAAAAUGUUUGCAGCAUUAAUAUUGCAGGUGGCGCUGCUUCUGAGUUGAGCUGAAGACAGGUCAUUGAAAAUGUGUUGGGGUUUUUUUUUAUCUCAAGAAACAUUGGCAUACUUGAGGUUAACUUUUUAUAAGCAUCUCCAGCAUGUUGUACUUC